GUUUGUGCAUGGUUCUUUACUUCCAACACUUGUAUAAUUUCCGAUCUGAAUAUCUUUGUCGUUCGAUAAUCAUAAUAUUGCUAAUUGCAUGCAUAUUCCGACUCCCGAGACCGGAUUUUCGUCUUCUCAGAUUAAUUGAUGGAUCAAAAUCAAGUUUGUGAGUUGCUACAGCAAGCAAUUUUAGACUUUUGUCAACAGAAUUUGUCUUCAUGGUCCAGUGAUAUAGAAGUAGAUGGCAUUAUUUGUAUAUCUCCCAAGAAUUCUACAGAUCAUCAUGUUGUCAAAAUACAUGAAAGGUUACAGAAGGUGUUUUCAGACCAAGGAAGGAAAACAAAUCUCCAACAACAGGACCUGAUAGCUGGAAAUGCUAAUUCCAUAGGAAUGGAUGUAUGCUUUGAACAAGCUAGUGAGGAUGCAUCUCACAUGGACAUUAAAAGCAAAACUACAGCAUCUGAAAAAUCCCGAGAUGUCACCUCUGGUGUCACUCAAGUGUUGAAUGGGGAUGUUGCAAUUGUUAAUUUAGAAAAUUCUGUUGUAGAGGAAAACAUUUAUUUACACUCCUACAACAAAGAUUCCAAUGGAAUUGCUUCACAUUUUGACAGCCAUUCAAAGAACAGAAGAAAGCAGUCCAGAAAGUCACCACCAUCUCAAAUACUUUCCAAAUCAUAUAACAAUAAAAGGAAUUCUGAUUUAGAAAGUGAUUAUUUACCAAGCAUACCAGAUAUGUUUCAAAUGGGAAGUCAACGCAAUGAAGAUAUAAACCAGGAUUGGAAUAUCACAAAAAACACAACUACAGAGUUUGUAGACGAAUCUCCGGUGAUAAAAAAAGAAACAGCAGAAUCCAUGAAAUGUGACAGCCAUGGCGACCAUUCUGACCCGACUGAUAUCAUGCAUGACAAUGCUAGACCUAUUUUACCUUUAAGCAUUGUUCAAACUACAAACUCUUACGGAUUUUCUCCUGUCAUCUUGAGAGAACUUGAGCACAGUUGUAAAUUCUGUGGAAAGCAGUUUUCAUUCAAAUGCACCAAAGUCAGACAUGAACGCAAUAGUUGUGGAAAAAAUGUUCAGACAUUGUAUACAUGUGAGAUGUGUGAGAAAGUGUUCUCUCGGUCAGACAGUCGAGUGCGUCACAUGAUUAAAGCUCAUGGAAUGACUCCAGUGAACACAGUCACUCGAAGAAAUAAAAUAACCUGAAAUUCAGGAACAAUGAUAUUAAAUCUUGGUGACAAUUAAAUGUCUCGUUUUACUGUUGUACCAUAAUUACACACAAAGUGUUGGGGUAUAGGAAAUAUGUCAUAAAUUUAGAAUCAU